AUUAAGCCGCCACCUUGCAGUAUCCCCUGAGCGCCUUCAGAAACAGGGUGGAGGUCGCGUCACAAAUAUCAUCUCCUGUGCAGUACGUCAUUCGUGAUCCGCCACCGAAGUACUCUUCCAACCUGCUUGGGUUUAUCAUCAUGCCCCUGUGGUCAAGUUGAUAAGGAGAGCCAGUUGACCAUAAUUCUUAUCUGCUCUGAAAAACGAUCUUCGUGGGAGGUUGACGAAGGUGGAAGAGUCAUUACAGUAGGAGGCGACGAAGGUGGAAGAGUCAUUACCGUAGGAGGCGACGAAGGUGGAAGAGUCAUUACCGUAGGAGGCGACGAAGGUGGAAGAGUCAUUACCGUAGGAGGCGACGAAGGUGGAAGAAUUUAAGACACUAAAAAAACAAAACAAAACCAUACCGACUCUUACCAUGGUGGGUGGAAGGUGUAAGAGCUGCUUGGUGAUGGUGUUGGUUCUCACUCUCUCAACAUCUGCCGUCAUUUUCCCAUCUCCUAAUGCCCGGGAAACAGAGACGAGCUUCUGGUUCGAAAAAAUGAGGCAAGAGAUUAACGAUGCUCUGGAACGACCUAAGAACACCGGCAGGGCUAAGAAUGUGUUGUUCUUCCUGGGUGAUGGUAUGGGAAUCACGGUGUCGACGGUUGGGCGUAUCUUCAAGGGUCAGAAGAAAGGUGUGUCAGGUGAAGAGGGUCACCUGGUGUGGGAGAGGUUUCCUAAUGUUGGUCUGAUCAAGACAUACAACUUGGACAGACAGGUGCCAGACAGCGCAGGUACAGGCACAGCUUACCUGACUGGCGUGAAGGCCAACAAGGGGACCGUAGGCGUAAGUGGUGACGUACAUUACAAGGAUUGUGAUGCCUCCCUCCUGCCUGAGAACAGACUGGACUCAAUCCUCAAGUGGGCUCAGGACGCCGGCAUGGAUACAGGUUUGGUGACGACGACUCAGGUAACUCAUGCCACACCUGCCGCGCUUUAUGCCAAGUCCGCCGACCGUUACUGGCAGUGCGACACAAAGAUGAUCCAGGAAAACGUGACACAAUGCAAAGAUAUUGCACGUCAGCUGGUGGAGGACGAACCUGCACGUAACUUGAAGGUGAUCAUGGGGGGAGGACGGCAGGAGCUGGGGGCAACACCACUGCAGGAGGUGAAGCUCGAAUGUCCCAGGACGGAUGGCAGGAACCUUGUGGAGGAAUGGGCUGCUGACAAGGAGGCAAGAGGUGCCACACACGCCUAUGUCACCAACACCCAACAGCUGCUAGACCUGAACCCUAACACCACUGACUACCUCAUGGGACUGUUUGGAGAGCGUCACACACCCUACGUGGUGGACCGAGACCCUGCGCCAGCGGGGACACCAAGACUGAAAGAGAUGGUGCAGACAGCACUCAGAAUCCUGAAGAAAAGCUCCCAAGGUUUCUUCCUACUAGUUGAGGGAGGUAUGAUAGACCGGAGCCUACAUGAUACUCAUGCCAGGAGGGCAGUGGAAGAGGUGGUGGAGUUGGACGAAACAAUGCAGGCAGCGUUGGAUAUGGUCGACCUGGAAGACACACUGGUGCUAGUGACUGCAGACCAUUCCCACACCCUGACCAUGGCCGGGUAUCCUCCCAGAGGCAAUGAUAUCCUGGGUAUAGUUUACAACGACCAGGUGACUGAUGGGCUGCCCUUCACAACCCUGAUGUUUGCAAAUGGUCAAGGCUACAACUAUACCUGGGAUGGACACAAGGUGGUGAGGCCUAACUUGACAGGUGUGGACACAGGCCAUAAGGACUAUGAAUCACUGGCUGCUGUGCCCAUGGUAGAAGGGGAGGAGACCCAUGGAGGUGAAGACGUAGCUGUUUAUGCAGCAGGUCCGAUGAGCCACCUUUUCCACCGCUCACACGAACAGACCUAUGUGGCUCAUGUCAUGGCAUAUGCUGCCUGUAUUGGGCCAUACAAGGAUAACUGUCACCGCCCACUGGACAACCUUCCCCAAGAUGUAUAUGAGUCUGUUGACAGUGGUGACACCUACUCAGAUGACCACAGCCAUCCUGAAGUUCCCGAAGAGGAUGAUAUCAACAUGACCCACCCCAUCUCAGAAGACACUGGCACAAAAUUGGAAGAGGUUACUGCAGAGAUGGAGGAGGAGGAGGAUGAUGAAAUGAAUACAGCCACAGUGGAGGCGGCGGAUACCCAAGCCUACCCCCACCCAAAGGAGUUGAAGAGUAAAAGGAGUGGAGGGGUGUCAAUCAUCACCAAUAGUUAUUUAAUUGUGCUGUCCUUAUUGUUACUAGGCUCACAGGCCCAUGUAAUUAAUGGGUGUGUCGUACUAUAAAUAUGGAUACAAUACACCUUUUCACAUAUACGUUGAGACAUUGUUAUAUAUCUAUUUGACAAAUUUCAUAACCGAAUGACAGAAC